AUGGCCCCAGAUAUCUCCUCCGCCAAAAUCACCCUAUCAUGUCCGCUGUUCGGCGUCGAUUUUGACCCUCGGAAUAAUGGCUUUCUUCUUGUAGGCGGCGGCGGAGGGGAGGGGCGUAGCGGCGUCGGAAAUAAAAUCGCAAGUAACCCAAACCCACGUUCAACAGCCUUGCUAAAUACUUCCCAACGCAACGAGAUAUCCGAAAUAGCCAAUAUUGAACUAUCUCGAGAUGAAGACUCAGUGACCUCCCUAGCGGUAUCGAAGUCAAAUGACAAGUCAAUUAUAGCUCUAGCCGGCAUCAACAGCUCCGUUGCUGAGCAGCAACGGGACAAUAAUGAGCAUCUCAGGUCUUUUCAGCUGGAUUAUCCUCCCGGCCAAGUACCAGCCAGCUCCCCUACGUCACCGGCAAAAUCAAAAAAGGGAGGGAAGAAACAUGUCACGCAGCCUACCCAACCGAUGAUAACUCCUUUGUCACAGGCGUCGCUGUUUAAACCGAAGUAUAAACCUAAGGACAAACGGGAAACGUACCAAAGAUUACUGCGACUUUCGCCGUGGAAAGGAGAGGAGGCUCCCCGUAUUGGUGUGGUAGCUACUGGUUUGGCUCCUCAGGGGGAAAUGGUCGUGUUCAAUGCGACUUCACCAGCUCCAAAGGAAUCUGACAUUGUAGGUAGGAUUUGGCUGGAGGGUAGAGAUGAGGUUGAAGAUGUGGACAUGCUACCAGCCAGUGAGGGCGACAAUGGGAAAUUCAAGGUGGCGUUUACAGACGGUAUAUCUAUCUAUACAUUGAAAGUUUCUGCUUCGACGAGAUCGAACGAGACUCCGAAAACAAAAGUAGUCUAUACCCUGCCAUUCCCAGAUUAUUUCGCGAGGAGCAAAAAGAGAGGCAAAAUCCGAGCUCUGAGAUUCCUCUCCCCAACAUCCUUUCUCAUCCUACUCAACCUUCCAGACCGAGCUGGCUGCGAACUAGCAAUAAUCUCCCUCGGUCUCGCUCCUGAAGGCACCGUUGUCCGACGAACUAGGCUUCCGCACGGGAUGAAAAUUGGCCUAGGCCUGGAUGUGUGCCCGCUCUCCGAAUCGGCCAUGGGCACCAGACAAUUCAUAGUCGCAGUAUCCAGCAAUGACAACUCAAUCCAGAUCCUCACGCUAGAAUGCAAACGCAAAGGUAAACCCGCCUUUAGCAAAUUCCGUCCAUACGCCACCCUACGUAAUGUGCACCCUUUCUCCAUGACGCGCCUUGCCUUCUCAACUUUCACCGCGCCCGCCCAACCAGUUUCUGCAGACGUACGACCUCAGGACGUCAAACUCGCCUCCAUAAGUGUCGGUAACACCGUGGUCGUGCACUCUCUCCCUGUCACUGCGUCCCCUCCCAAAUCCCGCCACCCGCGCUACGUGCUUGUCCAACCAGGGCCCUCGGAGCUUCUCCAGACUCUCUUAAGCGGCUUUAUGGCACUGAUUGUCGUGGCGCUGGGCGCAUUCUUCCUACAAGUAUUCACGGAGAUACGAGGCGGUGUACCACCAGCGCUGGGUGCCCAUGACUGGCUUAGCCCCAAGAUCCGAUCAAUGAUUGCUCGUCCGUAUCUAUUUGAGAACGGUUUGUCGUCGCAAUACCAGAAAUGGCGGUCGCCGACAGAUCCGCUAUCGAUCUCCGCAACGACGACAACGGUGACAAGCACAAUAACCACACCGGUCAUGCAAAUAACCCCGACGCAGAACCUCCGCGAUUUGCUUUCGUCGCUUUCACGAGCGGUGCCUGAGGCCACCCCACUCCCUGAAACGCCCGACGAAUCUGCACUGGACCAUAUGAAGAUCGUUAUCCACGAACACCCAGAUGACCCAUCGCUGGUCGCUGUUACAACUCUCCCACAUACGUAUGGCGACGGCGACAGUGACAAGGUCAACAACGCAGGAGCAGAAAAAGCACAGCAUCCACGCAAAUGGGCAGACUUGCACGAACAUGAGCGUGAAGCGUGGAAAGCGAAACUUAGCGCUGCGGGCCAUUGGGCUAAGGAGGAAGGAGAGACUAUCUUGAGAGGUUUGUUUUUUGGGCAGGUUGCGGGGGUCAUGGCGGGGGCGGUUGGGGGGAUGAUGGAUUGA